AAAAAUUAUGCAAAGUCAAUUCUCUAGUUUAUACCCUCAAUUUAAUGAUUUAGAGGAAAUUCGAUAGUUCAUAACAAGUAAAACAAAUACUGUUGAUCUCAGUCUUCAAUCGCCUCCUUUCCUGUCAUCCUUUUUUUAGCCUUUGAGAAAGCAAGCUUUUUAAAAUUACUUUGUAUAAUGUGAUUUAAAUAUUUUAGGCAGCAAAAGUAAGCGAUUUAAAUUAGAGGAAGAUGGCAAUCUAUAAAUUCAUCUAAUUGGUCGAUAUUGAAAUAUUGAGUUUAUUUUCAGAGCAGAUCAUAAAACCAUAUUAGAAUUUGAUAUUGGUUCGACAUUAUGGAAUCCCUUAAGAUUUGGAUGUUGAGAAGUUGAAAUUGGAUAAUUCCACUUUGGGAGCCUUGAAUGAUUUGGCAAGUUCUAUAGCUUAGUGGAAUCUAUAAAUUGAAAUAGUUGUCGACAAUAUUACAAGAGUCUAAUUAUACGACCUUUGGGCUCCAUCAGGAAAGAUCAAAGAAGCUUAAUUGACGGCUGAGAUUAAGGGAAUUCUCUCGCCAGCUGAUGAUUUUGAUUUUAAGGUAUGGACUGAAUUGAACAUUAGACUUAUUCAAAACAUAUCUUGAUUAGAUUGUUAGCCUAGGGAGCCGAGAAAUUUGGUAAGUACUUAUAUUCAAAUGGAUUAUCUGAAUCUAAUUUGUCAUAUGGAGCAGCCUUGGUAAUCUAUCAUGCCUUAGUUGGAAAGUCUGCAUUGCCAUGGAAUGUCAUAAUACCUAAUGUUUCAUUGAAGUGGCUGGUAUUGAUAUUAUAUUAUGAUUAGUUUGGUGGAGUAAUUGGUUCCUUGGCUUUGGGGAAGGUGUCUACUUAUUUAGAGAAAUGUGAUUAAGUCUAAUAAUUGAGAGGGUGUGCAGAAGUAUUCUAAGAAAUAACAAACUUUUUGAUUAAUUUUAAUGAGACUUUAAACACAGCUAUAAGUGAAGUGUUAUUGACAAUAAACGAAGAGUAAGAGAAGGAGAAGAAACAAAGUAAUGUGUGAAUUACUAUAUUAACUAGACUUGGCUAAUCUGAUUGAUUAAUUCCUUCAAUCACCUGAAUCUAUUAAGGAUGGUUAGACUGAAAUCAUUACUUGUGAAGAUAUUAUUAAACAUGAACAAGAUGAGUGGUAAGUGAUUUAAUGA